GAAUCGACAGAGAACCGAAAAUGCUUACGUGUAUAGCUCGUCCUAAGAAACCGGGGAACGACUCAGUGAGUAAGCCCGAUGAUUCCGAUCCCAACAACGCGACUAAAACGCAACCCGUCAAAUCCCUAACUUCUCAGAUAAAGGAUAUGGCGUUGAAGGCGUCGGGGGCGUACAAGCAUUGUGCUCCCUGCACGGGGCCGCCGAUGCAGGGACGGGUGAGGAGCAAUACCGAGUCGGACGCGGACUCGGAUCGGUUCCGAUGGUCUUACAGAAGAACAGGGAGUUCGAGUUCGACGACGACGAGGACGUGGGGGAAGGAGAUGGAGGCGAGGCUAAAGGGGAUUUCGAGCGGGGAGGGGACGCCGAACUCCGCCAGCGGGCGGAGGACAGAGCCGGUGGUACUGUUCGUCGAAGAAAACGAGCCGAAGGAGUGGGUGGCGCAGGUGGAGCCUGGUGUUUUGAUUACGUUCGUGUCGUUGCCACGUGGCGGGAACGAUCUGAAACGCAUACGAUUCAGUCGAGAGAUGUUCAAUAAAUGGCAAGCUCAAAGGUGGUGGGCAGAGAACUACGACAAGGUCAUGGAACUUUACAAUGUUCAAAGAUUUAACCGCCAAGCAUUCCCUCUUCCAACGCCACCAAGAUCUGAAGACGAGAGCUCAAAGCUUGAAUCAGCAGAAGACAGCCCUGUAACACCUCCACUGACCAGGGAACGGUUACCUCGUAAUAUGUACCGUCCAACAGGGAUGGGAAUGGGAUACUCGUCCUCUGAUUCCUUCGAUCAUCAGUCAAUGCAAUCCCGGCAUUUCUUUGACUCGAAUGGUAUGAACUCAACCCCAAAAGUCUCCACCAUCAGUGCGGCCAAGACUGAGAUAUCAUCCAUGGAUGCUUCUAUCAGAAGUAGCUCAUCCAGAGAGGCUGAUCGCUCAGGUGAUUUAUCAUUCAGCAAUGCUAGUGAUUUGGACACUGAAUGGGUUGAGCAGGAUGAAGCUGGGGUUUACAUUACCAUCAGAGCAUUGCCAGGUGGCAAAAGGGAGCUCAGACUAGUCAGGUUCAGCCGAGAAAAAUUUGGGGAGAUGCAUGCUAGAUUAUGGUGGGAGGAAAACCGUGCCAGAAUACAUGAACAAUACUUGUGAACGGUGAGAUUUUGCAAAGGG